AUGGUUCAGGUUCUACCAGCUCUUGGUUUCUCUGGCAAGGGUCUUCAGCGAUCUGCGGGCCCAGAAGGCCCCCAGACGACUGUUGUGCACAUUAAAUCGCCACUUCUCCUAAACAAACACGCAAAAGGAGCUGCCCAAGCCAUCGCGCGUCGUCCACGGCCUUCUCAGAGCCAGAACCAGAAGGAACGAAUAAUCCAAACAUGCAAACUCUUUGACCAACCGACUGAGAUCAUACUUCUCAUCUCGCUGUUCUUGAAUAAUCCUUCUCGGGCCGCCUUCUCGCUAUCAUGCAAGACAGCAUACACCCUGGUAGGACCCGCUCCAGGGGAGAAGUUCCGGCUGAAGACGAUGGAACGGACCGCUCUACUGCAGCUGAUGGAGAGAGAUCCAACGGUCGGCGAUCACCUGUACUACUGCGAUCGAUGCAUCAUUCUCCACCCCUUUGAGGAGCGCUGGACGAAGCCCCCUGUGUUGAUGCUGUUGGAUAGGGACCUCUGCAGCACAUGGAACCUUCACCCUAUGGGCAGCAGCCUACGGGUUGAGUACUGUCACGCUCGACUGGUGAUGAACCAGCACUUCUACGGUGCUCCUAACGGACUGCCCGUAGAGAGUCUGACCUCAAAGGUCACCAACAGCCGUAGCAGCGCAGAGCUCAUCCAGUCCAGGACAGCACGCAUCAUCAACGAUCAGCUCUACAUCCGAUCAGAGCACAGAGUGGUCCCCAAGACUGCCACUGUGGAUCCAGACACGUUCUAUCGCUGCCUCUACAUCUUCAGCCUCAAUAUCUGCCACCACCAGGAGACAGACCAUGUACAUACCAUCUCUCCCGAGGUUCUUCGGUUCGCGGCCAAGACCAGGCCGUCGAUGCUGAAUCCGCUCGCCUCUUCCACCCGCCAGUCCAGCUCGCAGGGAUCGUGCAAGAGAUGCCCGACAGAUUACGAGACAAUGGUGCAACUCGAGAAGGGCGUGCAUAAGUCUGGUCAGCAGACUCUCACUGCGACCGUCGUGUCGUAUCAGUUACUGGGAAGAUGCCGAUCAACACCUGACCCAUCGGCCUACAGCUUGUUCAAUGUGGGAAAAUCGAGGGCCAUGGAGAACUUUUACUGGCGCGACUUGAAGGACUGCCCUGCUGGGUCUGUGCAAGAACGCUGGAAAUCAGUGGAUGAUAUUCAGCAUGAAUAA